UUAGUGCUCAGGAAAUGGUUUCCAAGCGUUCUGCGUGAUAAGCUAGAGAGGAGGAUGGAUGCCACUCAGCAGAUCGACGAUCCCUUCUCUGAAGAAGAAGAAGAACAGGAAGAGGAGGAGAAAGGAGGACCAGAAAGAGAACAAGUAGCAACACUAAAGGUGUUCAAAAAUGACCACAUACCAGAGACAGAAUUCCCUCUCUACAUCGGAGAGAAUGUCAUUGGUCGUGAUCCUGCUGCCUGUUCUGUUCUGCUUCCGGCCCGAUCUGUAUCCAGUCGGCAUGCUGUCAUCUCCAUCUCGGUGUUCCGCUCUAGCAACGAUCGUUUUGGUAACGGUGAUGAUGUAGAAGCACUUCUCUGGGACAUGGGCAGUUUGAAUGGAACCAGAAAAGGCAGAUUCAAGCUGACGCCUCAGGUCCGAUACGCUUUGACCGAGGGAGAGAGUGUGGUGCUCGCUGAUGUGCCAUGUCAGUACACUGGCCUGAAGAUCUCAAAGAAAGAUACACGCAUAACUCCAGAGAAAGGAGGUGUGCCCAAAAAGGAGAAAACAUUAAGUCCAGCAUUUUCGAGUAGUGACUCGGAGUCAGAGUUGAGUAAAUGUGUGCGGAAUAGGUUGAAUGUUAAAGAGAGGAGCGUUUUGCCUCCUGUGCCUUUAUGGAGCCCUGAGGAUGAACAACCCAAAAUGAGUUCACCACAGUCAGCUCACAAACAGCCUGAGAUCACCCUGGUGCCUGAAUCGGACUCAGAUGGAGAGAGUGCGCCGGAAGAGAGGAAAGAUUUUGUCUCAGCUUCUUCCUCUCAUCUGUGUAGCUCGACAAAUUCAUCAUUCCUGACCCCUGCAAAAAAUGUCAUUCCAGAGAGUGAGGAUGAAAGUUCCAUCACUCCAUCUUCAGCCUCAAUAGACCGGUUCAGACUGAGGCAAAACCCUGAUGAGCCUUUUUCAAAAUCAUCUAAGCCUGGCCCUCUAGUCCUAAAUCUGGACAGUGGCGUUGAUUUUGAAGAAAAGGACAUGGAGAAAAGCAAGCCUGAAGCAGAGGCUCAGCCUGAAUUAGCUGCAAAGGUGGAACCAGUAUCUUCAGCUGAUCUUCAUAUGGACAGUGAUACUGAUGUUGAGGAAGAGGAACUAGAAGCAAGUAAGGCUGAACCACAGGCUCAAGAAGCAGUAACUCUUGAUAAAUCUGUCUCUUCAGUUGGACUUCAUAUGGACAGUGAUACUGAUGUUGAAGAAGAGAAAAGCAAGACUGAACCCAAGGUUCACACUGAAGAAUCUCCAAAGGUGAAAUCAGAUCUUCAUAUGGACAGUGAUACUGAUGUUGAGGAGAAUGAGGCUUCUAUAACUGAAAAUGUCUCCAAAAAGGAAGCAGUUACAGAAAGUCCUCCAUCAGCAGCACCACCACAUACAGAAUUCCACAUGGACAGUGACACUGAUGUUGAAGAUGAUAAUCCCAUGAAGGUUUAUAUUGCAACAGAGGUCUCGCAUGCCAUUGGAGAGGGAAGUGAUGUCAGGCCUACAUCAGCUCCAGGGACAGAGCUCCACAUGGACAGUGACACAGAUGUAGAUGAAGAGAAUGAGGACAAGGAAAGGGUGAAGGCCAGAGGUCUUCUGUCAAACAGUGAAACAGAUGAUGAGGAUCCUUUUAAACUUUUACCAGGCAAAGCUGUGAAGGCCGCACAGAGUCACAAGGUUUCUCUAGGUAGCAAAGCAGAGCAAUCAGAAGAGAGCACCCGUAAAAAGCAAGAACAUCAUUCUCAAGCAAAGUCUAAUCUUGAGGAACCAACCCAAGCUUUUGGCCACUUAGAAGAAGAGUGGGACUUACUGCCCACGCAAGCAUACGGAACUGCUGGAACCAGUGCUAGGCUCAAGCCAAAGCAGCUUGAUCUUGAGGCUACACAGGCAUAUGGAACAGAGACAGACUGCGAGGAAGAGCAGGAGCCUCUGAACCAUACCCAACCCUACUCCAACUUCUCAACUGCUGAAACUCAGCUCAUCCCAGUAGCAAAGCCUGAUGAUGACGAGGAGGAGGAAGAUAAAGAGACACAAAAUGACUCUCACCUUUCCACAGCAGACACUCUGAUCAUAGCCAGCACCCCAAAACGGGAGGAGCAGACGCAGCCGUUUUCUCUUUUCACAGCCCAAACACAACUUGUCUGGGAGGGAGAAGACAAAGAGGUUUAUCAGAAUGAGCCCACCCAGCUCAUGACUGACACCAUUGAAGAAACGGAAAAGGGUGAGGAGGAGAACAUGAAACGAGGUAGGAGAACCCAUGGUGGAGGGACAGUACACAAAGGUAAAAACACCAGCUCCUGUUUUAUAAUUGCUGAAACUCAGCCCAUGUGUGAGGAAGAAGAGGCAACAGAUGCAGAUCUGAGUGGGGAUGGCUUUCAGAAACCAAGACAACAGGCUGAGAAAUAUGAUUCUGCACAUCUUGCUGAAAACAACUUCAGCUCCCAUCUCACUAUAGCUGAAACGCAACCAAUGUGUGAUGAUGAUGAUGAUGAUGCACCAGAUCAGGACAAAGUGGUCAGCAGUAGUCAUAUAGAAAAACCUUCCAGUUCCCAUAUCGCCAUCGCAGAAACGCAGCCAAUGUUUGAGGAAGAUGAAGCACCAGAGGAUGAUCUGAACAAUGAGGUCCGGAGAAGACAAACCGAAGGUGAGCCUGUACAUCAUAUUGAAAAGGCCUCCACCUCCAAUCGUGCCAUCCCUGAAACACAGUCUGUUGGUGAAGAUGAUGAGGGACAAGAGGAAGAGCUCAGCAGCAAGAUGUCCAUCAGAAGAUCACGCAGGUGUAGACCAAAAAAAGAGAAGGAAGUCCCACUACCUGCCGAGGCUGUUGUCGAACACACUAUAACAAAAACACAACCAAUGUGUGAGGAAGAACAAACUGAGGAUCUGAAAAGUGAGGUCAGCUCUGGGAGACAGAGUAAAAGACAACAAGCACAUGAAUUCAAAUCUCCAGAACUUGCUAAACUGGACUUGAAAGCAUGUGUCACUAUGUGUGAAGAAGAGGCACCAUGUGAAGAUCUGAUUAAUGCAGUUAGCACCAGACAGAUAGAUGAAGACAGAUCCACAGAACUCCCAAUACCCUCGAGCUCCCAUAUCAGCGUAGAUGAAACACAGCCUAUGCAUGAGGAAGAAGAAGGACAGGAAAAAGACCUCAGCAGCAAGAUGGCAAGCAGAAGAUCACGAAGGGGAAGACCAAAGAAAGACGACGAGGUAACACAAACUGCUGAGGCUGCUGUUCAUCAGACUAUCAGAAAAACCCAACCAGUUCCUGAAGAAGUGAUUGAAAGGGAUGAAGAUCUGAACAGCGGAGUGAAAUCCAGGAGGUCCCGCAGAGGAAGGCAGAUAAAAGAGGACAGCGUUCCACAACCUGCUGAAGCUGCCGUCAGCUCCAUUUUUAUUAACACAGAAAUGCAGCCUGUUCAUGAGGACAGAACUGAAAGGGAUGAAGAUCUGAGUGGCAUCAGAUCCAAAAGACCCUGCAGAGGAAGACAAAAAGAUGAAGGUGAACCUGCACAGUCUGCUGAACCGAACUCUGAUCUCAGUGUUGUUGAAACACAGCCCAUGGUUGAGGAGAACGCCCAAGAAGAACCGAGUCUCAGAAGCAGCAAAAGACAGAGGAAAGACAAGACAGAGAUGAAGGAGAACACCCAAGAAGAACCUAGUGGCAGAAGUAGCAGAAGACAGAGGAAAGACAAGACAGAGGUGGAGAGUGAGACCGCUGUAUCUAGCAAAGUCCAAGGUAAAACUAGAAAAGGGCAGGAAGGAAAAAGAAAGAGGGGUAAAGCGUUGUCUGAGGACGAGGAAGAGAGUGAAGAAGAAAAAACCACAAGGAGAGGAACCAGACGGAUGAGUAUAAAACUGAAGUGUAGUGAAAAUGAAGAAGAGAAAAAAUUGGAGGAGAGGAAUGCCCAAGAAGAGAAAGAGAGGACGGAGAAAGAGCGCCAAGAACGAGAGGAGACCGAGAGGUUAGAGACGGAAGAAAAGGAGAAUGGGAGAAAGAAACGAGACGAACGUGAACCGAGAAAGCGGGCUGAAUCCGAAAUGAGACAAACACUAGAAAGGGAACAGAAGGAAUUAGAGGAAAAAGAACAAUUGAAAAGGGAAGAAGAGGAAAAAAUUAGAAAAGAAAAUGAGAGAAUUCAGCGGGAAAAAGAGGAAAAAGAUUGUUUAGAAAAAGAAGAGAAGGAGCGGUUGGAGAAGGAGAGGAGAGAACUAGAAGAACAAAGACGAAAGGAAGAAGAGGAAAGAAUUCAAGAGGAGAAGGAAAGAUUAGAGGCGGAAAGAGAACAAUUAGAAAAGGAAAGACGAGAAAAUGAGGAACGUCUGAUGAGAGCAACAGAACAAAAAAAGACAAAGGAGAGAAACCAUCAGAAACAAAAGAAUGAGGAGGACAAGACAGAACUAGAAGCUCCUCUAGUUCCUCCAGCCAGACGAACACGCCGCUGCUCAGGCUCCUCUAUGAACUCGGAUCAGUCUGUAUCCUCACAACAGGAGGUGUCCAGCCAGAGGGGACGAGGGCGAGGCAGGGGGCGAGGCCGAGGGAAACAGACAGCUGAUGAGCAACCCAUCAGUGCUAGACAGUCUAGCAGGAGAGGAGCAGCUAGUGCAGUUGAAGACACAGAGCAGGACUCCAAUUCAACAACCCGUUCCCGAUCCCGCUCCAGUUCUAGAAGUUCUGAAAGAUCUGCUCAUAGUAUCGGACCUUCGAACCAAGGGACGAUAGGAAGAGGCAGAGGCAGGAAGAGUAUGAAACUACCAGAACCGGAAGAAGUUUCCCAAGCUAAAACUUCUGGAAAAGGCAGGGGAAGAGGAGGAAGGCGUUCUGGUGUGGAGAAUGUAAAUGUCGGAAUGGACAAUGAGCGUGAGCAAGAUGCUGAGGUGGUGGAGGACAGCACUGCUGUGCCCCAAACCAACAACAGAGGUCAUAAGAGAGCAGCAAACACUAGAGCAUCCCCAGAAGAGGCUCCUUCACCCACACCCAAGACUCCAAGGCGGUCUGUGUCUAGUCAGGCGCACAAGGUGUUAUUCACUGGGCUGACAGAUGAGGACGGAGAAAGUGUCGUCACCCAGUUAGGUGGAAGUCUGGCGAAAGGAGUAAACGAUAUGACUCACCUAGUGACUGAUAAAGCGAGACGCACUGUUAAGUUUUUGUGUGCUGUUGCCAGAGGGGUGCCAAUCGUGACUCCUGAUUGGCUAAAGAAGUGUGGAAAAGCGGGCCAUUUCCUUUCUACUGAUGAAUAUAUAUUGAAAGACACCGAGCAGGAGAAAAAGUUUAGUUUCAGCCUACAGACGUCACUGCAAACUGCCCAAACUCAACCCCUUUUAAAGGGUUAUGAGAUUCACGUAACCCCUUCUGUGAUGCCGGAACCGUCUCAAAUGAAAGAAAUCAUCACCUGCUGUGGAGCACGCUUCCUCCCCAAAAUGCCCUCUGCUCACAAGGGGCACACUGUGGUGGUGUCUUGUGAGCAGGACACGGUGCUUUGUGAUAAGGCAGUGAGUAUGUCAUUGCCCGUGGUCAGCACAGAGUUCCUAUUGACUGGCAUUCUGCAGCAGAGAGUUGACCUGCAGGCCUAUUCUCUCACUUCCUCUCUCAACAUGUCCAAUCAGCCUGCGGCCCCCAAAGCUGCUGCCAGGGGCCGAAGAAAGUAGUGACAAUGACAUAGGAAAGGACUUGUUGUGUAUUACAUUUGUUCUAGUCUGUGAUAGUAUGUUUCAGUACAGAUUGCUUAAGAUGAAUAUGUGACACAUAAUAUCUCAGUUUUAUGAAGACUGUAAUGGGUUAGAUGAGAUGCUGCUACACUUGUAACCACACACCCACUGAUUCCUGUGAAUGUGAGAGCUGGAGAGAGUGUGAGGUGGAUGUCAAUGAAUGAUGAGUGUUAGUGAUGGGAGAAUGAGCUCCUGUCAUUUUUUAACGUAUUACUUCAAUAAACGCUUUCAAAGCCAAAAUAAAGAAAUAUUGUGCGUUU